AUUGAACAAUAUUUGAAUUAUUUGAAAAUCAAAUUGAAAACAUCUAUCCACAUAACUUUAAAGUGAACCACACGCACUGUUCUGCUGACCACAUUGCCUUUUAUUUUAACAGUCACUUAAAAAAUUAUACAGAAAACCUUGUUAAAAUUAAAAAACCAAUCAUCCCUUAAAAUAAAAAUGGCCCAAUCAGGAUUAACGAUUCCUUCAGAUGUAUUACAAGCAUUUACUAGCUUGAAAAUUGAGCGUAAAUUUAAGUAUAUGAUUAUUCAUGUGAAUGAAAAAAAUAUUUCAUACAAAACAGCAGAAACAACUGCAACAUUUUCUGAUUUUAGUCGAGAAUUCGAUGCCAAACUAGCUUGUUAUGGUAUCUAUGAUAGUGAAUCAAAAAAAAAACUUGUUCUGGUUCAUUGGAAUCCUAACGACGCUCCAGUGAAGAAUCGAAUGUUAGUGUCAACUACCUUAAAAGCGUUACAAGAUUCACUUCAUGGACUCGCAAAUGCUCAACAAGUUACUGAUUUAACUGAACUCAAAAAUGCUUGUCUUUAGGGACACAUGAUUUUUUGCUUCUAUACUGGUAUUGGUUUUGAUAAACUAUCCUAUUAUAUUUUAUGUUUGUAACAAUUCUUCUUUACAAAUUUUUUUUAUUAUUUUGGGUAUUUACCAAAGAUAAUAAUUUUUUUCUCCAUUAGCAUUAUAAUAUCAACAAUAUUUACCAUAUGUCAUAAUUUUAAAUCAAA